AUGGGACAUUUCAAAGAAAUUUUUCAACAAAAAAAGUUAGUUAUUGACGGAGCUUUAGGAACUGAGUUGGAAAGAUUAUUACCAAGUUCAUCAGCCAGUCUUCCAAGCAAUAGCCCACUUUGGUCUGGUCAAGCAUUAAUUAAUAAUCCAGAAUUAGUUGAACAAGUUCAUUUGGAUUAUAUUAAUGCUGGUGCUGAUAUCAUUAUCACUUCAACUUAUCAAACUUCUUAUGCAUCAUUGAAUAAAUAUGCUGGAUACGAUAUGAAAAAAUCAGUUGAACUUUGGAAUCUGGCUCUUGGUGCGGCUAAAAAUGCUGUCAACAGAUCUGGUCGUAGUGAUGUUAUCAUUGCUGGAUCAAUUGGACCUUAUGCUACUGUUCUUGCUAAUGGAUCAGAAUAUUCUGGUGAUUAUCAAGGAGCUACUUAUGAUGAUCUUGUUGAAUAUCAUACUCCAUUAUUUGAAUUUUACGAUAAUUCUGAUGUUGAUGUUAUUUGUAUCGAAACGAUUCCAAAUUUCACUGAAUUGAAAGUUGUUAUUGAUAUGAUGAAGAAAUACACCAAAAAGGAAUAUUUCAUUGCUGUUAAUCCUCAAACUGCAAAUGCUUUAAGUGAUGGAACUACAUUGGAUAAAGUUGCUGAAGUUUUCAAAACUAUUGAAGAUACUUCAAGAUUCCUUGGUGUGGGAAUAAAUUGUACUAAUUACGAUUUAGUCAAUGAUAUUUUGAAAUAUUUCACUGAUUUCCCAGUUUUGAUUUAUCCAAAUAUGGGAUUUGUUUACGAUACUGAAACACACAAAUUUGUUCCAGAAGCUAACCAUGAGUUGUCUUGGGAAAAUGCAGUUAAGAAAUGGUUGAACAGUGAUAAUGUAAGAGCUGUUGGUGGAUGUUGUAGUACUGGUCCAUCAGAAAUCUCCAUCGUUGCUAAAGUACUCAAACAUUAG